AUGGCAUCCAACGGCCCGAAAACGAUGUCAAGCCGGCUCAUGACAAUGAAGUUCAUGCAGCGCUCCGCUGCCAAAACCGCCUCCGGUCCCCCCUCCGAACCGUCCACACCCAACGGUCCCCCUUCCAAGCGCAUGCGCCUCUCGAAUGGACGCUCUUUGCCCAGCACACCGCACACGCCCUCGGAGCAAGAGGUCCUACAGACGGCGCUCGCUGCUGAGGAAAGGAAGAGGGAGGAGGCGCUUGCGAAGGCGGCGGCGCAGACGGGAGAGACAAAGUGGGUGUUGAGUGUGCAGGAGACGCGGGGGGAGAGGGAGAAAGAGGGUCAAGGGCUGAGGGUUGUGCAUGCGGGGUUUGCGAUGAUUGAUCAGGAGGAUAGUUUGGAAAGUGGGGAGGAAGAGGAGGAAGAAGGGGAGGAGGGGAGGCCGGCGAGGAUGCAGUUUGGUGGUGGGGUGAAGGGGAAGAAGGUGGAGAAGGCGAAGCGUGAAUCGAGUGACGAUAGUAGCAGUGAUUCAGAAGAUGCGUCGGACGAGGAUGAUAGCGACUACGAUUCAGAUGAUCCUACAGCGGAACUAAUACGCGAAGCGAAGCGGGACGCCGCUGCAAAAGCCCGAGAAGAGAAAAAGGAAGCAAAGAGAAGGCAAAAGCAUUAUGAACAGGCUGCAAAAGAGACCCCCCGCCGCCCAGCGCUAGUGGAUGAAGAUGUAGACCUCGGUGGCUUGACAUCCCUGUCUGGAGGCCGACCGGGAGGGCUUAGUAGCGGAGGGAGAAAGGGUGCGAGUAAUAUAACAUGUUUUGGCUGUGGAGAGAAAGGGCAUACGAAGAGGGAUUGCCCGAAUGCACAACGGAGGGUAUCUGGCGCGAGAGGGAGGAGUGCCGCGAGGCGAUUCUGA